AAUUGUUUAAAGAGAGAGUGAGGCCCACACUAAAAAUAGCCAUAGUGCAGAAGAAGUUUCUCCUAAACUAGUUUUCUGCUUAUGAUGCAAAAAUUGAAAUUAAGAGUAAGAGGUUCGACCAAUGCAAAGUUGGGGAGGCCUAAGGAUGGGAGGAGCUCCAAUUAGAAAAAAAAAACCUCUGACGGGAAAUCUCUAAGUCUGUGGCUUUUAUGAAUGGGGAGGUCCCACUCAACCUAUGUAUAAAAGGGGGACCUGAGGUGGAGGUCUGCAUGUCAGGGGAUUGCUCUUGCAAAACCAAACCACAGAAGGCAGAGCUCCGCCAUGGCCUGCUCAGCACUGCUCUGUUGCCUGGUCUUCCUGGCUGGGGUGGGGGCCAGCCAGAGCCAGGAAACCCCGUCUGAGAACAGCUGCACCUACUUCCCAGGCAGCCUGCCCAACAUGCUCCGAGAGCUCCGGAUGGCCUUUGACAGGGUGAAGACUUUCUUUCAAAAGAAGGAUCAGCUGGACAACAUGUUGUUAAACAAGUCCUUGCUGGAGGACUUUAAGGGUUACCUGGGCUGCCAAGCCUUGUCAGAGAUGAUCAAGUUUUACCUGGAGGUGGUGAUGCCGCAGGCUGAAAACCACGGCCCCGACAUCAAGGAGCAUGUGAAUUCCCUGGGGGAAAAGCUGACGACCCUCAGGAUCAGGCUGCGGCGCUGUCACCGAUUUCUUCCCUGUGAAAAUAGGAGCAAAGCGGUGGAGCAAGUGAAGGAAGCCUUCAGUAAGCUCCAAGAGAAAGGUGUCUACAAGGCCAUGAGUGAGUUUGACAUCUUCAUCAACUACAUAGAAUCCUACAUGACAAUGAAGAUAAAAAAUUAAAACAUUCUAAGAAGCAAAAAACCCAACAUGGCGACUCUACUAGACUCUAGGACAUGAAUUGGAGGUCUCCAAGAUCAGAUCCUAGGCUCUGGGAGAAACAAACCAGCUCCUCGGAAAACCCUAUCAUACCUCUCUCCUAGAAUAUUUAUUACCUCUGAUACCUCAACUCCCAUUUCUAUUUAUUUACUGAGCUUCUCUCUGAACUAUUUAGAAAGAAGCGCAAUAUUUUAAGUUUUUCAAUAUUUAUUGUUUUUCACCUGUGUUUAAGCUGUUUCCAUAGGAUAACAGCCUGUGGUAUUUAGUGUUUUUAAAGAAAUUGUAAGUUAUAUAAGGAAAAAAAAAGUUCUUUGGGGAGCCAACUGAAGCUUCCAUCCUAAGCCUAACCACAUUUUACAGCUGUUGAGUUGUUUGCCCUGACCUCCCUCUAAUUUCUCUUGUCCCUGGGCCUGGGGCUCCAGAGUGUUACAAAGACUCUUAGGAAUGGAGCCAGGGUUGGACUUCCCUAGUCUCACUCCCCAACUACUUUAUUCUUAAAAGCUGUGGCCAGCUUGUUAUUUAUAACAACUUAAGUUGGUUCUAAUAGAACUCAGUUAUAACUAGAAGUAUUUCAAUUCCUCUGGGAAUGUUAUAUUGUUCAUCUGUCUUCACAACAGAUUUUAGUUUUGAAUAAAUAAAUAGAUCUUAUUAAAAUAAUGCUAUGGUGUUCGAUGGCUUCUCUUUGAUUAAAAUUGCUCCCUCAACACUUUCAAGACAGAACCAAAACCACUGCCGUCAAGUCGAUUCCGACUCAUAGUGACCCUAUAGGACAGCAUAGAACUGCCCCAUAGAGUUUCCAAGGAGCGCUUGGUGGAUUCGAACUGUCGACCUCUUGGUUAGCAGCUAUAGCACUUAACCACUACACCAUCAAGACAGAACAGAGAAGGUAAAUGAAUUCUGCCUUCCAGAGAGAGGAAGCCAGCUACCCUCUUCCAGGAGGAAAAGUUAUUCUCCUUCAAAAGCCAAAGCAAAGACCACCAUGGUCCUCCCAUGGACCUUUCCUUAUGCCUUUAAAGAGAUUUAAAAAAAAAAAAAACCUUGCCGUCAAAUCGAUCCUGACUCAUUGCGACCCUAUAGGACAGAGUAAGACUGCCCCAAAAGUAUUUCCAAGGAGCAGCUGGUGGAUUCGAACUGCCAACCUUUUGGUUAGCAGCCGUAGCUCACCAUCGCUUUUAACCACUGCACCACCAGGUCUCCAAGGAGAUGUAAGAUCAUGUUAAUUUUCAUGACUAAGGAUGUGAUUGUAUUGUUUGUUGUUGUUGUUAGGUGCCGUCAAGUCAGUUUCAACUCGUAGCAACCCGUAUACAACAGAACAAAACACUGCCCAGACUUGCGCCACCCUCAAAAUCUUUGCUAUCUUUGAGCCCAUUGUUGCAGCCACUGUGUCAAUACAUCUCAUUAAGGGUCUUCCGCUUUUUCACUUUUAUCAAGCAUGAUCUCCUUCUCCAGAGUCUGGUUCCUCCUGAUAACAUGUCCAAAGUACUUGAGACGAAGUCUCAUGAUCCUUGCUUCUAAGGAUCAUCCUGGCUGUUCUUCUUCCCAGACAGAUGUGUUCGUUCUUCUAGCAGUCCAUAGUAUAUUCAGUAUUCCUCACCAACGUCAUAAUUCAAAGGCACCAAUUCUUCUUCAGUCUUCUUUAAUUCAUUGUCCAGCUUUCAAAGGCAUAUGAGGCCAUUAAAAAUACCAUGACUUGGGUCAGGUACACCUUAGUCCUCAAGGUGACAUCUUUGCUUUCAACACUUUAAAGAGGUCUUUUCAACACAUUCGCCCCAUGCAAUAUGUUGUUUGAUUUCCUGACUGCUGCUUCCAUGGGCAUUGAUUGUGGAUCCAAGUGAAACGAAAUCCUUGAUAGCUUCAAUCCUUUCUCCAUUUAUCAGGAUGUUGCUUAGUGGUCCAGUUGUGAGGAUUUUUGUUUUCUUUAUGUUGAGUUGUAAUCCAUACUGAAGGCUGUAGUCUUUGAUCUUCAUCAGUAAUUGCUUCAAGUCCUCUUCACUUUCAGCAAGCAAGGUUGUGUCAUCUGCAUAUUGCAGGUUGUUUAUUGAGUUUUCCUCUACAUACCAAAAUUAGAAAAAUAGGGAGGGGAAGGCUUUUAGUAUGCUUUUUGCUUCUUCAAACUCCAAAGGUCUAGGGGUGAACACUAUUUUGCCUGGUUCUUACCUCACAGGCUUAUACUGAGGUUUAAGUAAGAUAAAGUGCUAACGUAGCUCCUGAUAACAAGAGGUGGUCCCAGUGCACAGGGUUGGUUGUUCUUGGUAUUCACAACUAUAAGCUUCCACUUAUCUCCUUGAGCUGAGAUGAAAGGCAUUAGGGCUGGGCCCUACAGAGUGGAAGAUAAUCAAAUCUGCCCACUUGACAGGACACCCAAAGACUCAAGCUGUUGCCGCUCUCUAUCCCCUCUCUGAGCCAUCAGAUAUAUGUGAGGUUGGCUUCUGGCUGCGGUCUAUUGGGAGGGGCAUGGUGGCUGGGGAAGCCCUACUCAAAGCCCCGUGACUUAGAGGAGAGAGGGGGAAAGAUUGGGCUAAGUAAACACUGAUCCCCCUUACCCUUUGCCAGGGUCUAGGGGAGGGCGGGAGCUGACUGACUGUGGUCAGUUUUUCAGUAAGACCUGACUCACUUCGGUUAAAGUAACCAUAGGAAGGAAGUGGGAAGCAUCAAAGCUGAAAUUCUGAGAUGAAAGGUUGGGGUUAAGAAUGGAGGCUAGCAGAAGACAAGGAGAGAGAGACUGAGGCUCUCUACAUUUAGGCUCUCUCUACUGGACUGGAGAAGAUGCCCUGAAUCCCUUGGCAUGGAAGAUGUGGUCUACACUGCCAGGCAAUGCAUACUAACUUAAACUUGAGGUUGGCACCUCACGAGUAGUAAGAGGGCCUCUGAACCAACAGACAGAAACUCACCUGGAGAGCCAUACUUCUAAUACAAUGUCAACAGUAGCUACACUUUAAUGAACGCUUAUUUUGAGCUAGUCAGCACUGGGCAUAUAUAUUUAGGCUCAGAAAUGUUGAUAUGGCUUGGCCACAGUGUAAUGGGCCAAAUGGAGAACUGAUCAUAGCAUAAAACACUUUUCCCUUUUAUUAAUUGUUUAUUGCUGCCCCUAAAUUUCACAGUUUAAAACAACAAACAUUUAUUAUCUUACAUUUUAUGUGAAUCAGGAAUCUGGGAGUGGCUUAACUGGAUAGCUCUGGCUCAAUGAGGUUGUAAGCAAGAUGUCAGCCAGGGCUGCAUUCAUCUAAAGGCUUGACUGGAGCUGGAAGAUUCACUUCUAUGAUGGCUCACUCACCUGGCUGUUGGCUCAAGGCCUCAGUUCCUCAUAACUAUUGGCAGGUGGCCUUGGUUCCUUGUCACAUGGGCCUCCCAUAGGGCUUCUUAAGUGUCCUUACAACAUGGCAGCUGGCUUCCCCUAUAGCCAGUGACUCAAGAGAGAGAUCAAGUAGAAAGUCACACUGUCUUUUAUGACCUAGUCUCAGAAAUCUCACAUCAUCACUUUUGUCACAUUCCAUUUGCUAAAGUAAAUUACCAAGUAUAGUGGAAUCAGGUUCUAUCUUUUGAAGGGAGGAAUAUCAAAGAAUUUAUGAACAUAUUUUAAAGCUACCACACUCUUCUAAGAAUUUCAUCAGAAAUAGUUUUGUGUUAGAAUGCUACCUUAGACUCCUGGGUUGUUGGGGUAAGCAUCAAUGUGCAUGGAUGGGUCAUCAUCAUGGACAUUACUUUCCUGCAGUCCUCUCUCUUUUAGGCUCAGUCUAAUACAUUCACUUUUCUAAGACUCAUUUUCUCAUCUGGAAAACUAGCACAACUUCCUUGGCAGGUAUGGAAUCUUGGGUAUGAAGGUGUGUAUGUGUUUUAGACAAUGUCUUAGCUAUCUAGUAGUGCUGCUAUAACAGAAAUACCACAAGUGGAUGAGUUUAAGAAACAGAGAUUUAUUCGCUCACAGUUUAGGAGGCUAGAAAUCUGAAUUCAGGGUGUCAGCUCCAGGAGAAUGCAUUCUCUCUCUGUCAGCUUUGGGGGAAGGUCCUUGUCAUCAAUCUUCCCCUGUUCUAGGAGCUUCUCGGCACAGGGACCCCAGGUCCAAAGGACACCCUCCACUCCUGGCUCUUAUUGCUUGGUGGUAAUGAGGUCCCUCUCCUCUCUGCUCUAUUCUCUCUUUUAUAUCUCAAAAGAGAUUGACUUAAGAUGCAACCUAAUCCUGUAGA